AUGAAACGCAAUGUGCAGAGGAUGAAACUAAAGUAUCUUUCGCUUGCAAAACAGAAAAUUGGACUCUUAAAGAGACAUCAGCAUUGGUGCAGUAUAUCUGUUUAUUUUGGAAGGACGCCUGGAACAACUGGUGCGCGAGCUGUGAACAAUGUUUGCCAGUCAAAUAGAACAGGUUUGUGGAUUAUAGAAUUCAGAUUUGCUAUCCAUUUUCAACUCUGCAAAAAAUAAAGUGUGGUAUUUAGUGUCUAUCCCGUAUCCCACAAUUCUUCAAAAUAUGUAUGUAAUCCAGGGUUUUGAAAGGCAGGACUUUGUGUUUUAUACUUAUUAAAGAAUUUUCUUACCAUCACAUCAUAUUUUUGUCAGGAGCUUCAUGCAGAACUAGAGUGACUAAGCAUUUGUCAAAGGAGUUUAACUCAUUGUCCGAAGCAGAAGAAGCCUUGCAGAUAGAUUAUGUUGGUGGGAAUAAUUUUGGCCGUGGUGGUAUAUUCAACACUGCAAGCAGCACCCCACAUCAUUUAACCAUGGUAGAUGAACCAUUGUCACCAGUGUUUCAGUCAUCGCCAACA